GAGCGGUUUAAGGCUCGCGGCAACGAGUUGUUCCGGGCAGGGAAGUUCGCGGAUGCGAUGACGGAGUACGGCAAGGCCAUUAACGAGCACCCCGACAACCCGGUGUACUACAACAACCGGGCGAUGGCGUGUCUUAAAAUCUUUCGGUUCGAGCAAGCUGAGGAGGAUUGCAACCGAGCACUCCAGUUUGACCUCAAGGAGGCUGAC